UUUUCUGCAGCCUCCAUAAUAACCAACUCUCUCUCUGUCUCUUUCCCUCUCUCUCUCUUCUCUCUUGCAAUCUUUCUUUGUGCAAAGAGGAGAAAAAACGGAAGAAGCAACAGAUGAGUACUCGCCUAGCACCACUAUCAGAGGAACCCGUAAACGAAGAAGAAGCCAACAUAAAUGGCUCCAAAAAAAUGCAUUCAUGGAAGAAAUGGAUCAAAACCCAGUUCUCUCUUGUCUUCACCAAGAAGUCUGACCUCAGGAUCCUCCUCAGUGUCCUAGGUUGCCCUCUCUUUCCUGUCCCUGUUCAUCCCAAACUCUCCAGUAACCAGGUAUCUUCUUCGGCAGAGUACAUUAUACAACACUUCACGGCGGCGACAGGCUGCCGGAAGUUAGAAGGGAGAGUGAAGAACAUAUAUGUCACCGGGAAAGUUACAAUGGCAAUGGUAGAUGAACUUGGCGGCUCAAUUGUCUCUGCUGCUGGAGCCGCCACGGUUUCUCAAAGAGGAUGCUUCGUUAUGUGGCAAAUGGUACCUGAUAAGUGGCUAAUUGAGUUAGUUGUGGGUGGUCACAAGGUUGUGGCUGGCAGUGAUGGGAGUGUGGCUUGGCGUCACACCCCAUGGAUCAGCGCCCACGCCGCCAAAGGUGGCGUUCGUCCUCUCCGGCGAGCUAUUCAGGGAUUAGACCCAAUGGCGAUAUCUGCUGUAUUCUCCAUAGCGCAGUACAUGGGAGAGAAGGAAAUGUCUGGCGUCGAUUGUUUUGUGCUAAAACUGUCUGCUGAUCAAAGGGAUCUGGCUGAUAGAAGUGAUAACACUGCAGAGAUGAUCAAGCAUGUUAUGUUCGGUUACUUCAGCCAGAGAAGUGGCCUGUUGGUGUAUUUGGAAGACUCAUACUUAAACAGAAUUCAGUCACCCGGAAUGUACCCUACAUAUUGGGAAACUAUCAUGGCAACAAAGAUUGAGGACUACCGGGCGGUGGACGGAGUCAUGAUUGCGCAUGCUGGUCAAUCGAGUGUGAUCAUCACAAGGUUUGGGGAUAACUUGAAGGCCGGCUUAACGAUGACAAGGAUGGAGGAGAGUUGGACAAUCGAUGAUAUUGCAUUCAACGUGCCAGGGCUGUCGAUGGACUGCUUCAUUCCACCUAAAGAACUAGAGAAACAACACCCAGAUGAGAAACUUGAUUGGAGAUUGCCAUUGCAUCAAUAAGGACUUUCUCGAAUCAGGUGUGGCAAACUGUGAAAUGCUUGUACUGGUGCUCUUAAUAUUGAAAUUGACUAUAACGGAGGAUGCUUUGUUUGUGUAUAUAUGCAAUAUGUAUAUUGCUUUGUCCCCUUUACUUACUACACUGAGAGUUUUGGUGUUCAGGACUACUGGCAAAUGUCUCUUAGUUUGUUGGCAAGCUUAGAAAUUUUCGACUCCUGACUUUUUUUCGUGCUGUUGUGAUUAUGUUCUGUAUCCCAGUAGAACAUCAUCGGUGAAAUGUAAUUUGAUGUUCCGUGAAGUACCAUCUCUUGUCAAAUGUAUGUAUACAGUGAAGUAAACAUGUUUGGAAGUUACCCCUUGAUUGGUAUGUAAUCAACUGCUAACUGUAAACAAAAAUGAUCAAGAUCUCAGCACUUGAUAUACCAAUUAUCUCAACUGUUGCGUUGAACACAUAGGAUCUACAUGUAUUCAUGAACUUCACGCGUUGCACAUGAUGCACAUGAAAUCUUAUGAGUAUAACUUAGUAACUAGAAUGACAGAUCAAUUGUUGGAAACUGAUAUUAUUGUUGAGAAGUUCCUGUUCUGGAACAAAUCCACUGAGGAAACAUCAGUUUUUACCCUGCCAAGCUUUUUGAUACACAAAUGACAGAGAUAACAUAGUAUAGUACUUCUACUCACACCAUCAAAAGCAUAAGUUUCUUUCUGGGAUCUUUAUUGAUUUACAAUCAAAGGAUCUUCUCUGUAGCUUGUCUUGAGCUUCUCCAUCGCUUCACGAAUCACAAACAAAAAGACCAGGUUUUUUAUUAGUUGUGACUACAGCCGAGAUAGUUGUGAACCAACAGGAAAGUAAGAUACAACAAUGGGAGGUCGUUGCGAUCUGUACUUGCUUCUUGGUUUCUCAAGAGAAGCAGUUUUCACAUCUGGAUCAUCAGAGAUCACCUGCGAAGAGGAUUUUGGGACAAAGCAACUGUAAAUGAAAGAGAAUAGUGCCAUUUUGAUUUUUUUUUUCUUCUUUUUUUU